AACGACGUGUCUAUUCUGAGCACUGGUAUAACAGACACGGGUUCGCCUCUUAUUUGCUUAUCGAGCGGUAAGUCCUAUGUGUUUGACGAGGGGUUCGGCACUUGGACUCUGGUUUCCAACACUAAUGAUGCCCUCAACCACUGCACUGACCAGAAGCCGCACGCGUUUGACCCGAGCUCUCUUCCCCUGUCGACCAUUCAGUCGCAAACAAAGACAAACCGAUCGAUGCAUACAUUGUUUGUGACCAACGCUAACCUCCAACAGUCGGGUGUAUUGAGUUAUAUCGACCAACAGUUGGCCGCGUCUUUCGUGAUCGGGUCGGCCAAAGAGUACCGCUUUUGGCUGAUAGCGUUGGCCCAACACCUGUCCAAAGAGUCGAUGGAGAGUCGCCUGCGGGAGGUGUGUCAGUACCUGAUCGGCCCGGUGUUCAAGUCGUCUAAAAGCCAAUGGGAUCCCAAGAUAUUGGGCAACAAUAAGCACGAUAUGCUCAAAGAGGUUCUGUCUAUAUUCGCCACUAAUCUACGACUCCAACGCCUGUACACAGAAUUCAAGGAACAGUUGGAACAGAUGUCAACUCUAUGAACACUUAACAAAUACAUGACUACCUUUUUUACGGACAACUUUUUAUCUUAAAUCAUAA